AUGGCGGGAUUCGUACUUGGGACAGGAUCAGGUGUAUUGGCAGCUGCCAUGGUGUAUUACACCCUGACGAGUUCUUUAUCACAAUCCACGACUCGGAUGAGAGGAGAUUUACACCAAACGACCCAUCUUUUAAACUCUUCUUUUGACCCUUCUCUCCCCCUUGCUCCCGUCUCAUCACUUGGUCCUUCUUCCCUCUCUCCACCUUUCUCUCAAACACUUCGACAAAGAUGGAACAUGGCUCUUUCCAACAUGUUCGAAAAAGUUCAUGAUGCAGAUUACCUCUCUGCUGGUAAGACGGUUUAUUUUUCUGGUAAAGAUUUAAUCAAGAGUGUUUAUCAUGUGGACGAUACAGGAUUAUCAGGUUUGAAAGAUGUUGGGAAGAAAGGGAAAGAAAUCAUGUAUGAUUCAAAUAAAAUAGGAGAGGAUAUAGGGAACAAUGUUGAGAAAGUAGGUAAAGGGAUAGUUGAUUAUGUUAAAGAAGUAGGAAAGGAAGUAGGGAUUGAUAAAGUUAAAGAAGUUGGGAAAGAAGUUAUUUCUGGUUUAGCUACUGAAGCGAGGACUUAUGAUGGGAUAGGAUUUGAAGAAAAAGAAAAAGAGAAGGGAAUUACGAGAAAACAUGAGGGUUUUGUGGAAGGUACAGAAGGAGUUGAUCUACGUAAAGGUGUUGAAGGUGUCGUAGGUGGUAAGAAAUCUAUUCCGGAUAAAAGGAUCGUUUGA